CGGGCUUUCAGUUAUGUCGAAUAAAAAGUUAUUUUUUUUGUACUGAGAAGUUCCCGAAAUAAAAAUAUUCACUAUUGGCGGUGGGUGGAUCGGAAAUGUCCAGUGCCCAACAAAAAAUCGACGAUCUUUUGGACAGACUUAAUCAGGACAGAUCUCCAAGAAGCCCUCAUAUGAGCGGCCAUACUCCCUUUGGAGGGUUGCCUCCCGCUAGACCUUCCUUACCCAUUGGACUUAAUAGCAACAGUAACAGCCCCACUAUGCAAAGACCGCGGCACCUAGCAUUUGCACAUAAAGCGAACGAUAACACGGAAGUUGAGAGAAGAUUAAAAGAAAUUAUGAAAAACAGUGGUGAUUUAUUAAUAGAUGAUAAAGUGUACUAUACUGAUAUUAAAGAAAUGGAACAUAUUGAAGAACUUGGUAAUGGCACUUGCGGUCACGUAGUUAAAAUGAAACACAAGCCCAGUGGUAAAGUCAUUGCAGUGAAGCAAAUGAGGAGGUCAGGCAACAGCGACGAAGCAAAACGUAUAAUAAUGGAUAUUGAAGUAGUUUUAAAAUCCGACUGUAAAUAUAUAGUUAAGUGUUUAGGCUGUUUUAUCACUGAAUCUGAAGUGUGGAUUUGUAUGGAAUUGAUGGACACUUGCUUCGAUAAAUUAUUAAAAAGACUUAAGCAAGCAGUCCCUGAAGAGGUCUUGGGGAAAGUUAGUGUUGCAACUGUAGAAGCUCUAGCCUAUUUGAAAGAUUAUCAUAACGUUAUACAUAGAGACGUAAAGCCGUCGAAUAUACUUUUAGAUAGUAAGGGAAACGUAAAACUCUGUGAUUUUGGUAUAAGCGGUAGGUUAGUGGAUUCCAUGGCUAAGUCAAGAAGUGCAGGCUGUGCAGCUUAUAUGGCACCCGAGAGGAUAGAACCGGACCCCCAAAAUCCCGAUUACGAUGUCCGAGCCGAUGUAUGGUCGUUGGGCAUCACGCUGGUCGAACUAGCCACCGGUGUUUUCCCCUAUCAAGAUUGCAAGACUGAUUUCGAAGUGCUCACCAAAGUUAUCGGGACUGAUCCGCCUUCUCUACCUAAAGAUAAGGAUUUUUCGACGGAAUUUAGAAAUUUUGUAGCUUGUUGUUUAACAAAAGAUAAGAAGCAAAGGCCUAAGUAUACUAAGUUGAAAAACCAUAUUUUCAUUAAGAAAUAUCAGGAAACGGAAGUGAAUGUCGGAGACUGGUACGUAAGGGCAUUGGAAAGCGUCGGUGAUAGGGCUGCGAUAAGGAAAGCUUCGAGUCCAGAAUGA